AUGGAACGCGAUUGGUCGAUGCAAACAAACUUGGACCGUUGCGGAGUUAGUUCCUGCCUUCAUUCGUGGGCAAUUAGACUUUGUAAAGCUGAGAUGUCGACCAACAUCCUUGCCUUGUUGAGUCACCAUAGAGUCUUACCUCGACCACGUUCUCCUUUCCAGCUCCGAGCGUUGUCUCAACGCAUCGUACAGAGAUCGCUCGCCUCACUUCCCUCACUUCCUUUCUUGCCGACGCUGUUCCGACAUACGCGCCAUGUUUCUACUCCAUUUUCAUCCCCCGGCCAAAUAUUUAGAGAUACGGGUAGUAUCUGCAUCAAGAAGCAGCAGGUCGGGUCGGGAGCCGAAUGCAUGAUUUCCAUGGGAACCAAAAGAUUGACCCCUACACUCGGUCCUCGAACUCAGCUUGCUAGCGGCGUUUGUCUCAGCUCGCUUCUCUUGGUCUAUCCCCCCUUCUCGGGCAUCUACACGAUUCUGCAACAAGCCCCUUUGCGAGCUGGACGAGACCAGACGACUUUGAGCAUUCACUUUGACUCAGGUUCGAGGUUUGAGACUUACUCAUUGGACUAUCUUGACAUUGACAAGACCCAGCUUUACGUGAGACGUCGUCGCUUUAAUAUCUUGAAACGUCUCGGUACUAUCCGAAGUACAUUCCCGAGACCUCAGUCACCAGUUCAAGUAUGCGACUGCGACUGUUGCAAAACAUUCUACCCAAAAAGGCCACGAGCUGCCCGUUCGGCGCCUGGUGAAAUUACUAAGCGCCUUGAAGCUAGGACCAGCUUUGACGCAUGGUUUUCGUGA